AUGGCCUUCUCCAACCGCAGCAUCCAGUGGGGCACAAGCCCCCACUUUCAAGCCACUGCAGCACCCAGUGUGAGUGGUUUAACCUCCAGGAAAAUGUCCAUCCAAAAGAUCCAGGCACCAAGUGUCUAUGGAGGGGCUGGGGGCUAUGGCACCCACAUCUCUACCAGCACCAACUACAGACAAGGCUUAGGUGGGAGCUUCCAGCUCAGUAUUACUGGGAAUGAUGUGCUGCUCUCAGGCAAUGAAAAAUCAACCAUGCAAAAUCUAAAUGACCGCUUGGCUUCCUAUCUGGAGAGGGUGCAUUCUCUAGAAAAGUCCAACUCCCUGCUGGAAAAGCAGAUCAAGGAGUGGUAUGAGAAGAAUACCACACACAUAAGGCAAGACUACAGCUCGUACUUUGAAACGAUCGCAGAACUCCAAGUUAAGCUCAGUGCUGCACAGUUGGAAAAUGCAAAGCUUGUCCUGCAGAUUGACAAUUCCAAACUGGCUGCUGCUGAUUUCAGACUGAAGUAUGAGAAUGAACAUCUGCUCAGAGAGAGUGUGGACAGUGACAUUAAUGGACUGCUCCGAGUUCGUGAUGACUUGACUUUGAGUAAAUCUGAUUUGGAGUCACAGAUUGAGGGUAUGACUGAAGAACUAGCUUUUCUUAAGAAGAACCACGAGGAGGAUGUCAACAAGCUGCACAAACAGGUGGGCGGAUCAGUUAAUGUAGAGGUGGAUGCUGCCCCAGGUAUUGAUCUUGCAACUAUGAUGGAAAAAAUGAGACUGCAAUAUGAGGAAAUGGCAGAAAAGAACCGUCAAGAUGCCAAAGAGCAGUUUGAAAAGCAGACAGAACAACUGAAGAAGGAAGUAGCAAUCAAUGUGGAACAGCUUCAAGUCCAAAGGAAGGAGGUCACGGAGCAGAAACAGAUCUACCAGAGUCUGGAGCUAGAACUCCAGAGCCACCUUAACAUGAGAAAGUCUUUAGAAGACAACCUGGCUGAAACUGAAGCCCGUUAUAGCUUCCAGCUGAGCCAAAUCCAGGGAGCAAUUGCUGGUUUAGAGGCUCAGCUGUGGCAGCUCCGAGCAGACAUGGAAGGGCAGAAAACUCAGUACAGCUCCCUGCUGAAUAUCAAGACUCUCCUGGAAAUGGAGAUUGCCACGUACCGCCGGCUGCUGGAAGGAGAGGACAUCGGUCAUUUCCUGGAAGCAUCUAAAACAGAGGCUGAAAAAGAGUCAAGUAAAGUUAAGAAGAUCAAGACAAUUGUUGAAGAGGUGGUUGAUGGCAAGGUUGUCUCCUCUCAGAUCAGAGAGAUUGAAGAGGCAGUGUAA